CUGUCUGUCUGUUCCAGAAGUUUGUUUUCAAUUUGUGAUGGCGGAAAUAGCGAAGUUGGUACCCAGAGUUAAAUAUAAUGUAAAACCUCGACAUAGAAAUCUUAAAAAUAUUGAUGGACCGUUAGGAAGAAUAAAUAAAUUAAAAAAAACUCUAACUGCAUUAUUUAAAUAUGAAAGAAUCGAACUAUUUCUUCCUCGAUGUGAUGAAGUUCGUGGAUAUGUGGAAAGGUUAAUUACUGAAGCUAUUAGACAUGGAGAUAAACAUCCUCCUACAAUGGAUAUGGCUAAUUUCUGGCUGGAGGACAAGCAGAUGCUCCACAAACUAUUUAAAGUUUUGGUGCCACGUUUUCAAAACACCACUAACACCACUUUUACAAAAAUGUAUUUGAUACCAGACAAGUGUCACUUAGCUGCUGAAUUGAAAAAGGUUAAUUUUACGCAGGCAUGUGUUUUAGAAUUGAGAGGAAAUCCAUAUCCUCCGAUGCCUAGCAAGCCCAAGCCGAACACCGAGUCAUUAACAAACAUCUUAUUAAAAGAAGCUAGUAAAGAAUUUAAGAAGAUGAAAUUAAAUUCUGAAUCUAGAAACAGCUAAAAAUAUUGUUGUUUUAUGUAUGCAACAAAAAAUAUUGUUUAUGUAUUUCAGUAGUGCCUGAAAAAUGCAGUAAUGCAGAAUUGUAAUAUUUCUUUGUUCCACCCUUUAUAAAAAUAAAAUUUAGGAAAAAAAACUGUCUAA